CUGGGAAGGGGAAGGGGCUGCCCAGGUCAGGUUCAGGGCCCAGAGAAGGGAUGAGCAAGGAGAAGAGAUAGGAAGAGAGUCUGGGGCAGGAACUGGGGCCCAGAGGGAAGGUGCGAAAGGGGCAAGGACUGGACUGUGGGAAGCCUGUAUGUGGCCCAGCCCCCGAGGAGCUCAGGGCUCUAAGGGGCUCCCUGUGGGGCUAAGGCAGGUGGCACCCACGACCCUCCAGCUGAGAUGGACAACCUGAAGGAGCUGGAGUCCACAGCCGAGGAAGUGCUGGGGAAACUGAGGAGCCACAAACUGUUCCAGUCCACAUGGGACACGGCUGCCUUUAUUAUCUUCCUCCUCUUCCUGGGCACUGUGUUGCUCCUGCUGCUGCUUGCUUGCCUCCACUGUUGCUGCUGCUCCUCCAGAUCCCAGAAGGUAAACCCCAUGGGAGUGAGUAACUUGGCUCUGGAACCUUAAUGAGGCAUCUUCCAGCCCCCCUGCUUGCAUGUCCUGCUGGGUAACAGUAACAAGGCCUUGUCUGCCCAGAG